AUGGCGUUUGCUCGCAGGUUAGCAAUCCUUCCUGGAGGCUUAGGUGGGCUUGGGUCAAGCAUAGCCAAGAAGCUCCGUCAGCAAGGGGCCCGACUGGCCAUUUUGUAUGCACCCUUUGAGGCUGCGCGUCGAGACCAGCUGCUGGAGUCUAUUUACGGUCGGGUUGCCGACUUAGAUGAAAUCCGAGCCUAUGAGUGUGACAUCACGUCGCCGGAAUCUGUUCAGUCGGCAUUCAAAUCACUGGACAAGGAAAUGGUCGAGCCCUCAUCGUCCUCUGUGGCGGAUCGGAGCUUCCCAAGCAUCCUGAUCAAUACAGCCGGUUAUGUCAACCUGAGUGAUAUGGAGUCGACGCCACCGGAGGAUACCAUGAAACAUCUUACCACGAAUGUCUUCGGACCAAUGCUAUGCUCUCAGGCAUUCGCUCGACUCUACUUCGCUGCCUCGAAGUCUGCGGAAUCUUCAACUAAUCCUCCCCCACCCGGAAGAAUCGUCAAUAUUGCAUCGCAGGCAGCUCAUGUAGCACUGCCUCGCCAUAGCGCUUACUGCGCUUCUAAAGCUGCACUCUUGGGAUUGACACGCAGUAUGGCUUCUGAGUGGGGAGGUCGUGGUAUCACGUCGAAUUCAGUAUCGCCAACGGUGGCGUGGACUGAGCUCGGAAAGAAAGCGUGGGGACAAGACGAUGUACGCGAGGCCUUCCUGAAGACGAUUCCAACCGGGAAAUUCGCAUUACCAGAAGAGGUCGCAGAUGCGGAUUCUAGUGGUAUGAUUAAUGGAGCUGACAUCAGGGUGGAUGGUGGUUUUACCAUUCAAUAA